UCAUAACAGAACAGACAAAGACACUUCUCUCUCCAUCUCUAAUAGAAAGUCUGUGAAGUCCUCUCUCUCUCUCUCUAACACCAUUUUCAACAAAACCCAUUAUACUCUCUCUUUGUCCAAAUUCAUUGGACAAUUGCAAAGAGAAACAGAGAGAACUUCACAUGGGUCUCUGUUUUUCCUUUCUGCGCCCCACCUCUGCACCUCCUCAAUCUUCUUCCUUCAACAGACCUCUUUCUUCAGGUUCAACAAGCACUGUUGGAUUCUCAGCAACUACAAGCAGUGCUGGAAGAAAUUUGAAAGACCAAAUUCUUGAAAGACCAAAUUUGAAGGUUUUUGCUUUUAUUGAACUGAAAGCUGCUACAAAAAGUUUCAAAUCUGAUACAUUACUUGGUGAAUAUGGUUUUGGAAAAGUUUAUAAAGGUUGGUUGGAUGAGAAAACACUUUGUCCUUGUAAAGCAGGUUUUGGAAUGGUUGUUGCUAUCAAAAAAUUUAACUAUGAAAGUACUGAAGCAUUUCAAGAAUGGCAGUCAGAAGUUAACUUAGGAAGGCUCUCUCACCCAAACUUGGUGAAACUAUUAGGUUACUGUUGGGAUGAGGACGAGCUUCUUCUUGUGUAUGAGUUCAUACCGAAUGGAAGUUUGGAGAAUCAUCUCUUCAGAAGAAAUCCUAACAAUAUUGAACCACUUUCUUGGAACACAAGAAUCAAAAUUGCUAUUGGUGCAGCUCGUGGUUUGUCAUUCUUGCAUGAUUCAGAACAGCAAGCCAUGUACAGAGAUUUUAAGCCUUCAAAUAUACUCCUUGAUGGGAGUUACAAUGCAAAAAUCUCAGAUUUUGGAUUAGAUAAAUUGGGGCCUUCUGGGGGACAAUCACAUGUAACUCCCAGGUUGAUGGGCACAUAUGGUUAUGCUGCUCCAGAAUACAUUGCAACAGGGCACUUGUAUGUGAAGAGUGAUGUGUAUGGCUUUGGUGUGGUGCUGUUAGAAAUCCUAACAGUUAUGAGGGCAUUGGACACAAAGAGGCCAACAGGACAACAAAACCUAGUUGAAUGGGUGAAACCUUUUCUGUCCAAUAAGAAAAAAUUGAAAGGCAUAAUGGAUGGUAGAAUAGAAGGACAAUACUCACCAAAGGCAGCAGUACAAGCAGCAGCACUUUCUCUAAAGUGCUUAGAAAAUGACCCUAAACAACGUCCUUCUAUGAAAGAAGUACUUGAGUCAUUGGAAGUUAUUGAAGCAAUUCAGGUCAAAACCAAAAGAUCCAACAAUAAUUCUCAUCAACCUCCAGUUCUUCAAGCUGCUAGGCACUAGAGAGUUGUGAAAGUAUAAUUUUUUCUUUAAAGGAAACUUAGGUUGAAUAGAAAAUAUAGGCUGGAUCAGUCACUUAAUACAUGUAUUUUUUGUAUUAUAAAAAAUGGAUUAAAUAUGAAAAUAGUCCCUGCAAAUAUCUGACAUUUUGGUUUUAGUCCCUGUAAAUCUAAAAAAUUUGGUUU